UUCUUUUGUCUCUCCAUAUAAGUAGGUGCUUUUACAACAUCACAACUCAAAUAGAAAAGAGAGAGAGAGAAUGAAUAUGGAGGUUAUUGGUGAUGGAAGAAGAAUAUGCAGAGAAAAUAGUCCAGAAAGAGGGAAAUCACAGAGCAACAGAGUAGUAUUAAUGAGAGCAAGUUUUAAAAAAGUUCAAGUUGUCUAUUAUUUAUCAAGAAAUGGACAACUUGAACACCCUCAUUAUAUUGAAGUUACUCAUCUUGCUCAUCAACAUCUUAGAUUAAAAGAUGUUAUUGAUAGACUUACUGUGUUGAGAGGCAGAGGCAUGCCUUCACUAUAUUCUUGGUCUUGUAAAAGGAGCUACAAGAAUGGAUAUGUGUGGAAUGACUUGGCUGAAAAUGAUUUCAUCUGCCCUUCUGAAGGAGCUGAGUAUGUUCUUAAAGGAUCUGAAAUUAUUGAAGGUUCCACAGAAAAAUUUCAACAAAUUCAUACAUCACAGUUGAUGAGAAACGGCCAAGAGUCAAGACGCAAAUCUGAAGUCCCAAAACGACAUUCAGAUGAGCCGCCAGAAAUUGUUGAGAACAGCGACAAUUACUUGGAUGAAGAAUUAUUUGAAGAGAAAUUCUCAAGCACACCCAAUUUCAGUUGCUCAAGAGGUGUGAUUUGUAGUGAUGAGUUAAAUCGGAAGAAUAAUUCUACGGAGUUAACUCACACAAAAUCGUUAUCUCCUCCUUCAACAACUUCCUCUUCGCUCUCAGACAAACCAAUUCAUAGCACCACUGAGGUCAUCAACACUUCCAAAAGGUUCGAAGACGGUGACCCGGUGGUUACCGAGUCAUUACUGAGUCGUAACUCGGUCCUCUUCCAACUCAUCUCCUGUGGCGGAUCUGUGUCGUUCAGAGGGGGGAAGAGUCCGCCGCACAUUGCGAAGCAGCAACCGCCGUGCACGGUGGCGGGGGCGAGGAAGAGCAGUAGUAGCUGUGCUAGUUUUCAUAAAGGAGUAUUGUGCAAGGUGGCGAUGAAUGAGGUGGAAGAGAUAAAAUACAUGUCGGAGAAUCCACGAUUUGGGAAUUUGCAAUCGGAGGAGAAAGAGUAUUUCAGUGGGAGCAUUGUCGAAUCAAUGACGACGGAGGAGAGAACAGCUCAACUGGAUUCACAAUUGAAGAAAUCUUCUUCCUAUAACGAAGAGAGGAGCUCAAAGGCAGGGCUAAGAGAAGUAGCAACAGAAGAAGAAGAAAAGGAGGAAUUGAAGGCUGUAAAAGGAAAAUGCAUCCCAAGGAAAAAGUUUUCUUCUAAACACUCCAAAAAGUGACCUUUUUUCUGCUCUUUCAGAUCACCAAAAGCUUUUCUUUGGGGCUUUUAGUUGGAACUUAGUUAUAAAAGUACUGUUUUAUGCUUAGGUUGUAUUUUGUAACUCUUCAAACACUUCUUCUGGUAGGGUUACUAAAACUCAUCAGAAUUAUUCAGGAUAACUAAGGAAGUAAGGUCAAAAUGUAGGAUUUGAUAUUCAUCACUUGCUCUCAAAAUCUAACAACCUCAAGUUUUUUUUUUA